GGUGGUAUAUUUAGAAAAUCAAUUUGCGGUCACGCUGCUUGACGAGUGCAUCAAAUGUAAAAAAUAAACAAGUGCAAAUUAUUUUAAAAUUUGCCAAUGAAUCCAAGCAUUACAAUUGAACGUAAACGCGUUGACUGCAACGCAUUACCCAAAGGUUGGCAACGCGAAGAAAUACACCGCAAAUCGGGCUGCAACACGGGCGUUGAUGUUUUCUACUACAGUCGCGCUCUGCGCACAGAUGUCUCCUUGGUGCCGCCGAUUCGACAGACCGCCUCCAUAUUUAAACAGCCGGUAACUGUGGUUCGCAAUCAUGAACCCAACAAGGUCAAACAUGACGCCAAACAUGGGGGCCAGGAGAAACCCAAACAACUAUUCUGGGAGAAGCGUUUGGAACGAUUGCGUGCCUGCCAUGACAACGGCGAAGAACUGGACGACAUCUCAUUGCCCAAGACUAUACGAACUGUCGGUCCCAACGUAAAUGAACAGACGGUGCUGCAAUCGGUGGCCACAGCACUGCAUAUGCUCAAUGCUGGCGUGCACGGCCAGAGCUCGACAAAGGCGGAACUAACGAAGAAUGCUAUGGCAUUCAUGAAUCCCGAACAACCUUUAAUGCAUGCGGUUAUCAUCUCUGAGGACGACAUACGCAAGCAGGAAGAUCGCGUUGGUUUGGCUCGACGAAAGCUGCAAGAUGCGUUGAAGACAUAAGUUCAGAAUAUAAAUUCCAUUAUGGCUAACACACAUAUUUCAUAAUUUUUACUAUUAUUAACUCAUUGCCGAGGUAAAAUGAGGUUUUCUUUUCCUCUGCCAAUUGAUGUGAAAAUUUUUAAUAAUAAGCAUAGAUUUUUAAUAAAUACUAUUUGUAGAUUCAAGCAGAAA